GUAACGGCGUUCCAAAAUUUUGUGCCUGGCCCUGAUUGUUACAACAAUCUGGGCAUGUUCUCACCGAUCUAUUCCUCCGGCGGAGUACAUGUGCCUCAUCCGAUGUUGAUGUCAUUGCAAGGUGUUCCUGGUGCUUCUCGUAUGCCUUAUUUUGCACCCAUUCACCCUUACCCAUUUGCACCGGUUAUGCCGAAUGGUUUUGCGCCACGAUAUGCAGGUGGUGUUUUUGGCGGUCACUACAAUGGCGAAGAUCCACCGCAGCUCAGAAAAUUAUUUAUCGGAGGUCUGAGCCAUGAAACUACUGAUGAGCAGCUGCGGCAGUACUAUUCACAAUGGGGCACUGUUGUGGACUGUAUUGUUAUCAGGGAUCCUCAGACAAAGUACUCUAGAGGAUUUGGUUUCGUGACGUUUGCAACCGUACAAAUGGCUGAAGCGGCUAUGGCUGAUCGACCUCACACUAUUAAUAAUAAGGUGGUGGAUCCAAAACGUGCCAUACCACGUGAGCAGAUGUCACCUCUGUUACCAAAUCAUCCGCCUUCUUUUCUGGAGAUUGAACCCGAUCCCGGAUGUAAGCUGUCUUUGUCAGGAAUUCACUGGGCAUGGCACACAGUGGAUGAUUUGCGACAGUACUUCGACAGUUUUGGCGUGGUCGAACAGAUUGAAAUAUUGGGAAAUCCUCGUGGUCUUGGUUUUGUUGUUUUUGAAAACAAGGCUGCCGCAGAUAAAUGUCUGGAACAUGGAAAAAUUCACGUAAUCAAUGGACAGAAAUGUGAAGUCACGGCGAGUUUUCUCCUGAUUUCAUUCCAUUGUAUUUAUUAA